CUGCAUUCGACCGUGUCGCUAUCUGACGGAAAGUAGCUGAAUCAUAUAGGUAUAGUAUAGGGUGCAGAUGCACGAAGUAUUGACUGCAGAGAGACAGCGGAGUCAUUUCUGCAACCCAACAUCUGCGAACACUGCACAGUGCACUGCAAGCAUAGUUGUCAUAAUGACACCGAAGCGGAUGUCAUAGGCACUGAGUUCUACGCUCUGAGCUCGUCCAUCUGCAAGAGUGCAGUGCAUGACUUGCGCAUUUCGUCCUGGAAUGCCAGUGCAAGGACAGUCACUUUCGUGGCCUCUCCACAGGAUGACAGACGCAGUGACUUCUCAGGAUCUGUCCGUUUUAACAUCCCUUCAAAAGACGGUUUUCAGGCCUCUAGAUAUUUCCAUUUCACCUCUCCUAGGAUCACCGAGGAAGUGCUGGAUGUCACCAUGCUCCAUCGUAACUUUAUCUAUUCCCUGAAAGAGACUCCUUCGCAAGAAUGCCACGUGCCUCCUGGAUAUACGGCACACUUUGAUUACACGCUUAAAGAAAAAGACCUCAAGGGUGCUGUCGACCUCUCACCUAGGCCCAACAACGGAAGCUACAACAUCACGUGGCCGAGUACAGUUUACCCUCACAUUCGUACGAACAUAUUCUGGUGCAGAAUCCAGGGUAGAAUGACAUCAGACAUUGCAUCUCCCGCUAUGUUCUUCGGUGACAUCAAACCUGCCGUUCCAUUUCUUCCAAAACACUACACGACCACCGUAAGCCUGGAUGAACCACUGGACAUAGAAGUGGUUCCACGGAGACCAGGCGAGGUGACGUCGUGGGUCAAGGUGGACGGGCGUGGCGAUGGCCAUCAUCAGGUUGUGAACCACAGUGGUGUCAAAACGUAUCAUCUACAUCGCGACAGAGCUGCGUUGCAUGAUGGUGGAGUAUACGUCGUCAACGGGCCAUACACAGGAUCUCCCGGAAGGAACCGUGCUUUGAUGCGAGUCAUCGUGCGAAUGUGCAGAGCAAACAAGUACGGACCUUUGUGCCAAUCUACGUGCACUGACUGCAAGAACGGUGGCAUUUGCCACGACAUCAGCGGUCGCUGCAUCUGUCCUCCAGGGUUUAAAGGAGAACGCUGCGAACAACCUUGUGGCGAUGACAAGUUCGGCCAGAACUGCCAGAAGCGUUGUUCAUACUCCAAUCUCGACCCUAAGUCGAAAACCUGUUCUGGCAUCAUGAUCUGUCUUCCCGAUCCUUAUGGCUGUUCAUGCGGAACUGGUUUCAAAGGUCCCUUCUGCAAUGAAACGUGUUCACCACACGAAUACGGUGCCGACUGCAAGCAGAACCGGAUCUGUUACUGCAAAAAUGGCAGCACUUGCAAUGGCUUCACCGGAACCUGCUUACAAGACAGUGGACAAUGUCUCGAUGGAUGGAAGAACUCACCUUUCUGCGAUAUCAGCUACCCCUUGCUUAGGGACAAACCUGAGCUUGAAGAUAUCAGUGGCACCAGCGCUAAAGUGUCGUGGAACGCCUGGCAGGCUGGGCCAGAAACUGGGGGAGGUGUCCCUAACGCGUACUUGCUACAGCACAGGGAAGCUACAGCGGAGGAUUGGACUACAGCUGUGGUUCCAUUUUCUCUCGGACAGCCCGGUUCCUCUGCAGGAAGACACAGCCACACGCUCACAGGAUUGACACCCGGCACAUUCUACGACGUCCGAGUCCUGGUGAGAGACAGUGACAACAACUACCAGACAAGAGGAGCCCAAGAAGAACACUUUCGCACGCACUGUGGACGUCCUUCGCAACCACCUUCUUCCAUAUGGAUCGAUAAUUCUCGCAGCAGACUGAUCAUUGUCAAGUGGGAGAAUCCUCCUCGACACUCUUGGAACUGUUGGACCAUCAAUGUCACCCUCAUGUACAACGACUACAUAGCUACAUUCAAUCUAACACAUCCAGAAUCCCAUUCAAAAACUAAUCACUCGUUCUCCACAAAGCCGUAUACUUUAUGGAACAUCAAACUUCGUAUGGAGACUCCAGAUGGAGAACCAGGAGAAUGGACUGCUAUGGGAACAGUCGUCUCCGUUCAAGAUGCACCGUCUGAGGUUCGGGGUGUAGCCACAGUAAAGAUACAUGCUCGGAGUGCGAUCAUUGCAUGGCUUCCACCCAGCGAGCCCAACGGGAUCCUCCGGAGCUAUGGGAUUACGUACCAGGAGGAAAGGCUUCUGGCGCCACAAUGCUACAGCAUUGAUAAGGGACGAAUUAACAGCAUCAACUUGACCUACGGUGCUCAACAGUUAAAGCUUAGAGGGUUGAAGCCAUACGCUGAAUAUGUCUUUGCGAUCAGAGCUUUCACCAUCAAAGCUGGGCCAGAGACCACGUUGAGGUUCCAGACUCUACAAGCAGUUCCCGAUGGUAUAGCAUCAUUCACGCCGUAUACCAUAACACGAGAGUACGUGGAGAUAAGAUGGUCUGACGUUCCGUGCGACCAAGCCAAUGGGAUCAUCUCUAGAUAUCACGUGACUGCCCGCAGCCUGGACCCAUGGGACCCUGAAGUAUACAAUCAAACGACCACAAAGAACAUGAUAACCUUCAAUACCUUAGUGCCAUACAACCGCUACGAUGUGCGGGUGAUUGCGGAAAAUGGUGCUGGACUAUCGAGAUUACACGAUUACAUGAACUUCACCACACUGCCAAUAGAGCCUCUUGCCCCCACCUCACUCGUAGCAGAACAACAAUCAAAAACGAGCAUUUCCUUAACAUGGGACGCUCCAUACCCACCUUACGGUAUCCUGGAGAGGUAUACGAUUGAGCUUCGACCUCAACAUCAAAGUUACUUUGAGAUGAAAAAGGAAAUUGGCCCCAAAGGCGCCAUCUGUCGUGGAAUGAAAGACCGGAAGAAACAGUGUUUUACCAUCGAGGAUCUUCAGCCGGACACCAAGUACUUCAUUACGGUGUCUGCGACUAACGUAGGAACAAUGACGGGACCCCCAUCGGAGGAAAUAGAAGCGGAAACGAAAGACUUACCUCCCGAUCCACCGAGAGAAUUGUCUGCCACGGACAGAACAGAGCAUAGUAUCAGGGUAGAAUGGAAGGAGCCGCUGCGCAAGAAUGGAGUUAUCAAGCAGUACAGGGCAAGUGACGCGUCCUUCGAUUGACCUUUACGAAAGACGGA